AUGGAGGACGCUCACACGAAAUCCGUGGACGAAGUCUUAGGAUUUUUCGGCACAGACUCAGACAAAGGUCUAUCACCAGACCAAGUGAAAAGGAAUCAGGAUAAAUAUGGGCCAAAUGAACUGCCGACAGAAGAAGGCAAAAGUAUAUGGCAGUUAGUUUUGGAACAAUUCGAUGAUUUGUUAGUCAAGAUUUUGCUGUUAGCUGCUAUUAUUUCUUUUGUAUUAGCUUUAUUUGAGGAACACGAGGAUGCCUUCUCAGCAUUCGUAGAACCUUUUGUUAUUUUACUAAUUCUUAUCGCUAACGCUGUAGUAGGAGUAUGGCAGGAAAGAAAUGCAGAAUCCGCCAUCGAAGCUUUAAAAGAAUACGAACCCGAAAUGGGUAAAGUAGUAAGAGGAGACAAAUCUGGCGUUCAAAAGAUUCGGGCGAAAGAAAUUGUACCUGGUGACGUCGUCGAGGUGUCCGUUGGUGACAAAAUUCCCGCCGAUAUCCGCCUAAUUAAGAUUUUUUCCACCACCAUCCGCAUCGAUCAGUCCAUCUUGACCGGUGAGUCCGUGUCUGUGAUCAAGCAUACCGACGCCAUCCCCGACCCUCGUGCCGUGAACCAAGACAAAAAGAACAUUCUUUUCUCCGGUACCAAUGUUGCUGCCGGUAAAGCUCGCGGUGUCGUCAUCGGUACCGGUCUCAACACUGCCAUCGGUAAAAUCAGAACUGAAAUGUCUGAGACUGAAGAGAUCAAGACACCACUUCAACAGAAAUUGGACGAGUUCGGUGAACAACUGUCUAAGGUUAUCUCCGUCAUCUGCGUCGCCGUAUGGGCUAUCAACAUCGGUCACUUCAACGACCCCGCUCACGGUGGUAGUUGGAUCAAAGGCGCCGUCUACUAUUUCAAGAUUGCUGUGGCUUUAGCCGUAGCUGCCAUUCCAGAAGGUUUACCCGCUGUCAUCACCACCUGUCUCGCUCUCGGAACGAGGAGGAUGGCUAAGAAGAACGCUAUUGUCAGGUCCCUACCUUCCGUCGAAACCCUGGGUUGCACAUCUGUUAUUUGCUCAGACAAAACCGGUACCUUGACCACUAACCAAAUGUCGGUAUCCCGUAUGUUUGUCUUUGAAAAGAUCGAAGGUGGAGACAGCAGCUUCCUCGAAUUCGAAAUCACCGGAUCCACCUACGAACCCAUUGGUGACGUCUACCUGAAGGGACAGAAAGUGAAGGCCGCCGAGUUCGACACUCUUCACGAAUUGGGCACAAUUUGCGUUAUGUGCAAUGACUCCGCUAUCGAUUUCAACGAGUUCAAGCAGGCUUUCGAAAAGGUCGGUGAAGCCACCGAGACCGCUCUUAUUGUACUCGCCGAAAAAAUGAACCCCUUCAACGUACAAAAAUCUGGCCUGGACCGCCGCUCAACCGCUAUCGUCGUUCGUCAAGAGAUUGAAACCAAAUGGAAGAAGGAGUUCACUCUCGAGUUCUCCCGUGACAGAAAAUCUAUGUCCAGCUACUGCACACCUCUCAAGCCCUCUCGUCUCGGAACCGGACCCAAGCUGUUCGUCAAGGGUGCCCCCGAGGGAGUCCUGGAUCGUUGUUCUCACGCCCGUGUCGGAACCAGCAAAGUCGCUCUCAACUCUACCCUCAAGAACCGCAUCUUGGAGCUCACCCGCCAAUACGGUACCGGGCGUGACACCCUCCGUUGCUUAGCUCUGGCCACCGCCGACAACCCAAUGAAACCUGAAGAAAUGGACCUCGGAGACUCCACCAAAUUCUACACAUACGAAGUCAACCUUACCUUCGUCGGUGUCGUGGGAAUGUUGGACCCUCCCCGUAAGGAAGUAUUCGACUCCAUCGUCCGUUGCCGUGCUGCUGGUAUCCGUGUCAUUGUAAUCACUGGUGACAACAAGGCCACCGCUGAGGCUAUCUGCAGACGUAUUGGUGUAUUCACUGAAGACGAGGACACCACUGGAAAGUCCUACUCCGGUCGCGAGUUUGAUGACUUGCCUAUUCACGAACAACGUGCCGCUUGCGCAAAGGCCCGCCUCUUCUCCCGUGUGGAGCCAGCACACAAGUCCAAGAUUGUUGAAUACUUGCAGAGCAUGAACGAAAUCUCCGCUAUGACUGGUGAUGGUGUGAACGACGCCCCCGCUUUGAAGAAGGCUGAGAUCGGUAUUGCCAUGGGAUCGGGUACAGCUGUGGCCAAGUCUGCUGCUGAGAUGGUGCUCGCUGAUGAUAACUUCUCAUCCAUUGUAGCUGCUGUUGAGGAAGGACGUGCUAUCUACAACAACAUGAAGCAAUUCAUCCGUUACCUGAUCUCAUCCAACAUUGGUGAAGUGGUUUCCAUCUUCUUGACUGCCGCCCUUGGUCUUCCCGAAGCCCUGAUUCCAGUCCAACUGUUGUGGGUCAACCUGGUCACUGACGGUCUGCCUGCCACUGCCCUUGGAUUCAACCCACCCGACUUGGACAUCAUGGACAAACCCCCCAGGAAGGCCGAUGAGGGUCUUAUCUCCGGAUGGCUGUUCUUCAGAUACAUGGCCAUCGGUGGUUACGUCGGUAUGGCGACUGUGGGAGCUGCCUCCUGGUGGUUCAUGUACUCCCCCUACGGACCUCAGAUGACCUACUGGCAACUUACCCACCACUUGCAGUGCCUUGGUGGAGGAGAUGACUUCAAGGGUAUCGACUGCAAGAUCUUCACCGACCCCCACCCAAUGACCAUGGCUCUGUCCGUGCUGGUCACAAUCGAGAUGUUGAACGCCAUGAACAGUUUGUCCGAGAACCAGUCGCUGGUUUCCAUGCCCCCUUGGUCCAACAUGUGGCUGGUGGGCUCCAUGGCCCUUUCCUUCACUCUUCACUUUGUCAUCUUAUACGUUGAAGUUCUCUCGGCCGUGUUCCAAGUGACGCCUCUGUCCUUGGACGAGUGGAUGACGGUGAUGAAGUUCUCGGUGCCAGUGGUCCUCCUCGACGAGGUGCUGAAGUUCGUGGCCCGCAAGAUCUCCGACGGUAAAAGCUCCUGGCUCCAGGGCAUGCAGUGGAUUGUGCUCAUGUGGGCCGUCUUUUUUGGCCUCGUCCUCUACGGACCCCUAUAA